AUGAUUAUGACAUCGCAAGACUCUUAUGGCACUGGCCCGGAAACAUCGCAAACAAGCUUAGACAACUCAAAUCAGACUUUAUCUCAAAGCCAUCGCACUGGAUCUGGCAGCCAGAACGAUGGUCGCGUGUCUAGCGCUGGUCUAAGUGGCUCUGAUCGAAUUUAUCCAAUCCGUUCGCUUGUUUCAGUGAACCCAGCGCGCUGGAUUCAUGCGUCGCCAUCACCAGCGAUCGAGGAAGUCGAAGAAUCAUUGCAACAACCAGAGGACCCGCCAAUUUCUUCGAUAGAUUCGCUGCCUGAGGCAGAGGCUCCUUAUCCAAAUCAAGAUAUCCAUGCAGUCUCCCAUAACAGUGUCUCUGUCAACGAUGAAAUAUCCUCGAACACGCCUGCUACAGGAGACUUGGACCAUGCGGCAGAAUCAUUCGGCCCUCUGAAUACACAAUCUGAAGGACCCUCCGAUGAGAAUCAACCAUUCAUGACCUCCAGGUUCGAACAUGCAUUCACAGAGAACGGUCAUACUGUGGUGACCGGAGAUGGUAAAAAUGCUGUUAAGCGUUGUGAAGAUGAGCCGAUCCGUACACCAGGUGCAAUUCAAAGCUUUGGGGUCAUGAUCGCCUUGAGAGAGGAAUCUCCCAAUCAGUUUGCCGUCCGGGUGGCGAGCGAAAACUCACAGCGUGUUAUGGGGUAUUCGCCGCAACAACUUUUUGCCACGGAAAGCUUCACUGAUAUCUUGAAAGAAGACCAGCGCGCUAUUCUUUUGGAACAUCUUGACUACGCUCGAGACGACUCAUAUGACUUGAUCAUCGAUGGCCCAGAGGUUUUUCUCCUGACAAUAGAGCAACCAUCCGGCUCUCCUGUUCGAUUUUGGUGCGCAACUCACGUCAGUCAAGAGAACAAGGAUAUAAUUAUCUGCGAAUUUGAACUGGAGAAUGACCAGCUCAACCCGUUGAAUCUUGAAGAUCAAAAGCUCCCCGACACUCCUACGAGUACUUUACAAACCAACCCGCCUCCAACCGAAGCCCAAUAUGCUGGAAGUACAAUCAGUGCAAGUAACUCGGUGCGCUCUAUACGUGAUGCCCGAUUGAGGAAAGGCGAAGCCGCUUCAAUGCAGGUUUUCGGUGUCCUCUCUCAAAUACAGGCGCAGCUUUCACAGGUGGACGACCAAGACACAUUACUGAAAGUCACCGCAGGACUAGUCAAGGAGUUAGUCGGGUUCCAUCGAGUUAUGGUUUAUCAAUUCGAUCACAAAGCAAACGGUCGGGUGGUAGCUGAGCUGAUGGACCCCAAUGUUACCGUGGAUCUAUAUCAAGGCCUUCAUUUUCCAGCCUCGGAUAUCCCGCGUCAGGCUCGGGAGCUGUACAAGGCUAAUAAAGUCCGGUUGUUGUAUAAUCGAGACCAUAUUACUGCCCGACUUGUCUGUCGGACCUUGGAGGAUCUUGAAAGCCCCCUCGACAUGAGUCACGCGUACCUGCGAGCUAUGUCACCAAUCCACAACCAAUAUCUAGCCAACAUGAAAGUGCGCUCAUCAAUGUCAAUCAGCAUUAAUGCCUAUGAUGACCUUUGGGGCUUGAUAUCUUGUCAUUCAUACGGUGAGGAGGGUAUGCGUGUUUCCUUUCCGAUACGCAAACUUUGCCGUCUGGUUGGUGACACCGUUGCUCGAAACAUCGAGCGUAUCACCCAUGCCUCUGAUCUGCAAGCACGCGCUAUGAUGAGCUCUGUUCCCAAGGAAGCAGAUCCCUCAAAAUACAUUGUCGGAUCAUCGGACGACUUGCUUCGGCUUUUCCAAUCUGACUACGGAGUAAUUUCUAUCGGAAAUGAGGCGAAGCUUUUCGGCGGCGAAACGAACUCUCAAGAAGUCCUUGCUCUUGUCGAAUAUAUCCGCAUGCUAAAAGUCACAUCAAUCCUAACAUCCCAUGACAUCGGGGAGGACUUUUCUGACUUUGUCUACGAACCUGGAUUGAAGCGGAUCUCGGGAUUGAUGUGUAUUCCAAUAGCUCCCGACGGAAACGACUUUGUUAUUUUCUUCCGCCUUGGUCAACUGACAACCAUUACAUGGGCUGGCAAUCCGCAUAAGCCUGCUGGUGGUGGCAUAGGGCCUCUGACACCACGCCAAAGCUUCAAAGAGUGGCGCGAAAUCACUCUGAGUCGAUCAAAGGAGUGGUCUCAUUUCGAUGUUUCCACAGCGGGAGUUCUUGGAUCGGUGUAUGGGAAGUUCAUUCAAGUGUGGCGGCAGAAGGAUAUUCUCAAGCAAAACUCUCAGCUUACACGUCUUCUGCUGGCCAACUCGGCGCAUGAAUUCCGAACACCCCUGAACGCGGUUAUCAAUUACUUGGAAAUCGCUAUGGAAGGUACACUGGAUGACGAGACUCGUGAGAAUUUGGUUCGUUCCUACACAGCCUCCAAGUCUCUGGUCUACAUUGUCAAUGACCUUCUUGAUCUUGCCACCGAAAGUGGACAACAACUGAUCAAGCAUGAGUCUUUCAAGUUGAAGCCUACUUUGUAUGAAGCUUUUGACCUGUUAGCAGGGGAAGCCAAGAGGAAAGGCAUUGCCUAUAACAUCAAGACGAAUCCUGGCAUUCCAGAUGCAGUCUUGGGUGACGAGCGUCGUAUUCGACAAAUCAUUGUGAACCUUAUCACCAACGCCAUCGAACAUACAUCAAAGGGCGGUGUGACUAUCGAAGUUUCGACGUCCGAUGUACAAAGUGGCCUGGUGUCUGUUGAAAUUUCGGUUAUUGACACAGGUUCAGGCAUGUCGAAACAAACUCUAGAGUGCCUUUUCCAAGAACUUGAAGAGGUCUAUGCAGACAAUCACUGGGCCGGAGAGGAAGACGCAAAUAAUUUCCAUGGCCAGAAACAACGCGUUCUCGGUACUGGCCUUGCAUUGACCGCUCGCAUUGUCCACACAAUGCAAGGACAACUCAUUGUCAAAUCUAAGGAGGGCCAAGGCAGUCGUUUCAAGGUUCUCCUCCAAUUCUCGAUUCCCAGAGAAUUCUCACCAUUGCCAUUGCAAAAUCCGAAUACAUCUAAUCUUCUCGAAAUGCCAAAGUCGCCGUCGCUGCUAGACGGGGAGUUUAUCCUUGUGACGAAUCGAAAGGAUGGCACUCAGCAAAGUUCCGCACAUAAUUCAACCGGUGACUACCUCGGGCAUGGGCAGACUGAUACCAAUGAUGUCAAGUCAUUGCAACAACAGAAAACUCUACCCGGCAGUGAAAUUGAGACAGAUCAAAAGCAAAAAAUAGCCUUCUGCCUCCCCACGCGAAGCGAUGAACCAUCCCGGCCGUCACAUUCUACCACGUCUGAUGUCCAACAAAUGUCAUCUCAAGUGGACUCUCGAGAUUCUUCCAAUAUUCCCACGCCUCACAAAUUAUCUCCACCCUCAAAUGACACGAAGAUGAACAUUCUUGUUGCGGAGGAUAAUCCAGUAAACAGCAAGAUUCUUGAAAAACGAUUAAGCAAAAUCGGCCACGCAGUCCAAUUGACUAGCAACGGAGAAGCAUGCGUGAAAGCAUUUUCAUCAGAAGGCGACCCCAUCCAUGCUAUUCUGAUGGAUAUCCAGAUGCCGAUCGUUGACGGAAUGACUGCGACCAAAAUGAUUCGCGAGAUCGAAUCCAGGAAACUGGAAUGCUCUGAUGCAGAUAGAUCUGAUCGACCGAAUCGGAUUCCCAUAUUUGCAGUCUCGGCAUCCAUUGUCGAGAGAGAUGAGAGAUCAUAUAUUGAUGUUGGUUUUGAUGGCUGGAUCAUGAAACCGAUAGACUUUGCAAGGUUGAAGACACUCUUGGGUGGUGUCCUUGACCCGGCGGCUCGUGAAGAUCCUGCUGGAGAGAGAGACUGGGAGAAAGGCGGGUGGUUUCAUUUCGAAUAG